AUGGGUGGGAGGAAUGAAACCAAAGUCAUGUAUUUCAUUCUCCUGGGUUUUUCCACCACCGCUGAACAGCAACUGCUUCUCUUCUCUGCUUUACUUCUGGUUUAUUUAUUAACUGUCUUGGAAAACGUCCUUAUCAUUCUCACCAUCCGAAAUAACCCCAGCUUGCAAAAACCCAUGUAUUUCUUCCUAGGGAAUCUGUCUUUCUUAGAGAUCUGGUAUGUUUCUGUCAUUGAGCCAAAGAUGAUCGUGGAUGUCCUGUCUCAUGACAAACGUAUCUCAUUCCAGGGGUGCAUGACACAGCUGCAUUUCUUUGUGACGUUUGUUUGCACUGAGUAUGUUCUGUUGGCCGCGAUGGCCUACGACCGCUUUGUGGCCAUUUGCAAACCUCUCAGAUAUCCCCUCAUCAUGAAUCACAGGUUUUGUGCCCAGCUGAUAGCUGCCUGUUGGAUGUGUGGCUUGACCACUUCUUCCAUCAAGCUGAGCUUUAUAGCCCGGCUCUCAUUCUGUGACGUGGACAAAAUCAAUCAUUAUUUCUGUGACAUUUCACCUCUCCUGAAUAUCUCCUGCAGCGAUUCCUCUUCGGCUGAGCUGGUGGACUUUGUCUUGGCUCUGCUGGUUAUCAUGGUGCCUCUGUGCACUGUGGUGGCCUCCUAUAUUUGUAUCCUGUUCACCGUGUUGAAGAUUCCUUCUUCUCAGGGGAGACAAAAGGCCUUUUCCACCUGCAGCUCCCACCUGACCGUGGUGGUUCUGUUCUACUCCACCACUCUCUUCACUUACGCCCACCCUAAGCUCAUGUACACUUAUCGUGCUAACAAGCUGGUGUCAGUCCUGUACACGGUGGUUGUGCCACUUCUGAAUCCUCUCAUAUAUUGUCUUAGAAACAAAGAAGUCAGGGCUGCGAUGAGAAAGACUUUCGCUUGCAGAAGACACACCGAAGAAAUCAACUCAACAGUCCCAGACAAAGGGCUUUGGUCAUGA